AUGACGAGCUCAGCCAUUCGUGACUUCCAUUUGCCAGGCCAACCAGAUGCCUUGGAAACCACAGUCAAGCUCUUGACGAAAUACCAGCACGAGCAUUAUUAUGCAUAUGAACGUGACGACAAGUGGUACAUUGGAUUGGGCCAGAGAGCUUCCUUGCAGAUCAAUGCCACAGGACAAGAGUUCACGAUCUUUUGCGACAGACGUCAUAACACAUGUCCGGUUAAUAAAUCACUGCUCGACAUUGCGAGAGAUUUCGUCUCCGAUUACACCAAUUCCUGCGGCGAACGGGUCUUUGGCUAUGCCGGCUACAAUUUUGGCCCUCAUAUGCGAGGUGAAGCCUAUCUGCCUGGACAAUGGCCUAUUCUCAGCCUGAUGGCCCCGACAUUGGAGGUGGUGAUCCAAACGAACCAUGUCAGUGUUAUGGGUCGUGAAGAACAAAAAGUCGAAGACCUCUGCCAAUUACUCUCGAGCGAUACCUUCCGUCAAAGUCACGAAUUCAAGGCAGCUCGCCACCUCAACGUCAACCUCGAUGACAACAAAGAUCUGUAUAUCAGUCAGGUCAGAAGAGCGCUGGUCGGGCUGAGAAACGGUGACUAUCACAAAGUGAUUCUAUCUCGCAGCAUCGCCCUCGAAAGUAGGGUUGACAUGCUUUCCACCCUGUUUCAUGGUCGCCGAGCCAAUACACCGCGCAGGACCUUCUGCUUUAGUCAUCAAGGACAUAAAUCAAACAGAAAACUUGUCAUGGAUGCAGUGGCUGGGACUCGAUCCCACAAGGGGACGCCAGAGGAAAUUGCCCGGCUACGGCGGGAUCUGCUUGAAAAUCCCAAGGAGGUCUUUGAACACAUUUUAACCGCUAAGGGUGCCAUAGGAAAGCUUCGGCCGCUGUGCCAGCCGGGAUCAGUCCGGGUGGAAGAGCUAGCUUCAGUGAUCCCUCGGGGUCCUGUGCAACACCUCUACUCCAGCGUCGUUGGAGAUCUCUACCCCAACAAAGAUGCAUGGGAUGUUCUACCAGCCGUAUCAGCAGGGAUCGCGGGCUCUGGAUCCUCCAAGAAAAUGUCCAUGGAAGAGGUGAAGGCUUUCGAACCAAACCCACGGGAGCUCUACAUGGGAUCUGUUCUGUUUAUUGAAGGCAACGAUUCCAUGGAAGCGGCUAAUGCCCUUCGCUCUGUCUUUCAAGAUGAGAGUCGUCAGUGGUUGCAGGCUGGCGCAGGGAUCGUCGCACAGUCUACCCCUGAUAGUGAGCUAAUUGAGACAAGAGAAAAGCUGGCGAGUAUACAUUCGUAUGUGAUGGCCAAGAUGUUUUAGACCAAUUUUCAGUUAUCUCGCAAUACACUGUUCAGGCACG